AUGCCCCGCGAGAGCCGCAUCUCGGCCACGAGGCCAGUCUUCCCGACGUACCUCCUCCCGAGCUUCAAGUUCUCCUUCUCGCGGCGCCAGUCGGCGUCGUCGGCGUCGUCGGCCGGGUCGUCGUCGUCCUCGCACCCGGGAGAGUCGGCCGUCUCGUCUGCGGCCACGACGCCCAACAACUCGCCGCCCGACCGCGAGUCGCCCAUCCGCGAUACCACCAAGCCCGACGGCCUCAACAGUAGCCGCCGCCGCCUGUCGCGCGCCGCUCCCGAUAUCCUCCGCUGCAUGAACUGCUCCACCGACGUCGCGCUCGCGUCGCAGAUCAUCUCCAAGGGCUUCACGGGCCGCUACGGCCGGGCGUUCCUCGUCGCACCGCCACCGACGCCCGCGGACAAGGCCCGAGGAGGAGGCGGCGUCGACGAAAAGGCCAAAGAUGCCAAAGACCAGGGCCUGCUGGCCAACAUCCGCGUCGGGCGCAGCGAGGACCGCCAGCUCGUCACGGGGUGGCACGUCGUCGCCGACAUAUGCUGCGCGACGUGCUCGCGCAAGCUGGGGUGGAAGUACGUCGACGCCAAGGAGCAGUCGCAAAAGUACAAGGUGGGCAAGUACAUCCUCGAGGUGGAGCGCGUGGUGACGCACCGCUGCUGGGAGGACCUCGACGUGCCUCUGGGAGGCUGCGGCGACGACAUGGCCGUCAUCGAGGAGAUGGGUGGCCGAGCGAGCCGAAGCCGCGGCGGCGCCGAUGACGAUGACGGCGAGGAGGAGAUUGCGUUCGACUCGGAGGACGAGGACGAGUGCGAGGACAUCUUCAUGGGGGUGUGGGAUGCUGAGACGGUGGCGAGGCGGAGGAGCCAGACGAUUGCCAAGCGCGAGUCGAUGGCCGCGGCCGAUGCGUGA